AUGAAAUUAAAAAAUAUUAUCACUCGUGAUAUCAGAAUGGGAAGCGAGCAUGAUAAUUUGUCUGACACUACAGUAAAUCUAUACACCAGACAACUGAUCAAGCUUUACAAGGCCGGCGUUGCGAAACAACAAUGGUCACCAGAUGAAUUCAUUUCCAAUAUUCAUUAUCCAACGAAAUACGACGAUGCCUCUUUUCAAAAGACGUUCAAGGUUCAGAACUCGAGCAUCAUUGCGCUUCUGAUGAGCAUCUAUACAAGCAAAGAGAGUCUCAUACUAACACUGAACGCCAUGUGCAAAAUGGUUAAAAACAGAUUCCGCGAUGCAUUCGGAUAUUACAAUGCGAUCCGAAAGGAAUCCGCAAAGCUAGACAACGAACUGACGCCAGAGGAAGAGAAGAAGUACAUCAGCUAUGAAGAGCUAAUGUCCGUCCCUGGUAAAGUUCAUAAGGUGCUCACUGAAACGUACGGCAAAGUAUUUCUAUCUCGAUCCGAGUUUGAGGAGCUGGCCAACGCUAAGAGGACUGAGUACUUGAAACUCGUGUUUGAUUACAUCACACUGUGGUUGAACGUGCAUUAUCCACUUCGUUUGGUAUGGCCGAGCGUUCUUCUCGCUCCUGAGGAGGGAGCUAUAAGCGAUCAGAGAUCGCCGGAUACCUCUGGUAUCAAUUACCUUCAAGGUAACACGUUACAUUUGAACGAUUUUAAGAACGUUCGACUAAUGGGACCGCAAACGAUUCAGUUAGAUAGUACGACGAUGAGCUUGAUCAAGUCAUAUCUCGACUUCUUGACUAAUACGCUUGGAGAGCAGCCUAGUAAGCUACUAUGGCGCAUUUUCAAUCGACAGCCAGGUGAGUACGAUUACACAACUUCAAGCAACAGCUUUAGUCAAGUUCUAUCAAAGCUCUUCAUGAAGUACAACGGAAAGCCGAUGUCAAUGAAUAUGAUCCGACACAUUGCUGAGUCUCAUUUGAUCCAAUCACCAACAUAUGCGAAACUCACCAAUCGCGAGAAGAAUGAUCUACAUGCUAAACUACUUCAUAGCACCAUGGCUGCUAACACGAGCUACAACAAGAUCGCAAACCGAGCGAAUGCUCCCGAAGUAUCAUUUGAACCAGACAUUGCUGACACAACGCCAGAGCCCGUUGCAAAACCUCCUGCAAAGCCCGCUGCAAUGCCCGUGAGCAGACCUAAAGACCGUCGGGAGCGCAUAUUCCAUGGCGCCUUCACACCUACUGGCAGCGACAAGACGCUCGAGAUUGACAUCUUUGAGAAAUAA